UUGCGGUACAACUAACUCAUGUAGCCUUUAUAUUGACCAGACGCUGGUGGGCGCUGUGGUGCACACGGCGCUGUGUUCGUUCCAGUCGGACCCUCUCGUCGUCGUUGGCAGUUAAGGUGACAGUUGCCUAGUGACGAAAAACUAUCGAACUGCUGCUGAUUUCCUGCGUUUUCAAAAUCUCAACGCUGGCACAAAGUGAGCUAGUUAGUGCGAAGUUUUCUAAACAGAUUUCAUAUGCUUAUCUCUGGAGUAUGGGACGAAAUAAAACCGUUAUCGUUGCUGGAAAAGUCGCGUAGCGUUUUUCAGCGUUUUCAGGGGUUAUGAAGCGUUUUGAAGAAAAAUGAAUAAUUAUGUUUUCAUCAGGGUCGUUGGUAAAGGGAGCUAUGGGGAGGUGAACUUGGUGAAACACAAAGCCGACCGAAAACAGUAUGUUAUAAAAAAGCUGAAUUUAACAACCUCCACAAAGCGGGAGCGGCGUGCUGCAGAGCAGGAGGCGCAGCUCCUUUCCCAGCUGCGACAUCCCAACAUUGUGACGUACAGGGAGUCUUGGGAAGGAGAUGACUGCCAGCUGUACAUUGUGAUGGGUUUCUGCGAAGCCGGUGACCUUUAUCACCGACUCAAACAGCAAAAGGGGGAACUCUUACCUGAGAGGCUGGUUGUGGAGUGGUUUGUGCAGAUAGCCAUGGCACUACAGUACCUGCAUGAGAGAAACAUUCUUCACCGGGACCUUAAAACACAGAACAUCUUCCUGACCAAGAUGAAUAUCAUCAAAGUUGGAGACCUUGGCAUUGCACGAGUCUUGGAGAACCAGAAUGAUAUGGCCAGCACACUCAUAGGGACCCCGUACUACAUGAGUCCAGAGCUCUUCUCUAAUAAACCCUAUAACCACAAGUCAGAUGUAUGGGCCCUGGGCUGCUGUGUGUAUGAAAUGUCCACACUGAAACACGCCUUCAACGCCAAGGACAUGAACUCACUGGUUUAUCGCAUUGUACAAGGAAAGCUGCCACAGAUGCCCGGUCGGUAUGAUCUACAGCUGGGAGAACUGAUCAAGAGCAUGCUGUGUAAGAGACCUGAAGACAGGCCUGAUGUCAAACUCAUCCUCAGGCAGCCAUACAUCAAACGACAAAUUGCUAUGUUCCUCGAGGCCACUAAGGAAAAAACUGCCAAGUCAAGAAAGAAAGCUGUGUGUGGCAGUGGUGAUUGUAGGGCCAACAGUGGACCACCUGUGGGGUCUUAUCUGCCAAUGCCUGAGAGAAGUGCCCAGCCUGAACCUCUUGUCCGGGUGAAACGCAAAGAAGAGAAAUCACAUCAACAUAAAGUUCGGGACGGCGUCGGAGACGACACUCCGGUCCAAACGCCGCGGCCACCCAAACCCUCCUCAGCCGAUGCUCUUGAAGCCAGCAUCGCAUCUCUGGCAACGAUCAGCAACAUCGAUGUCCAACUGCAGGAAGACGAGGACCCGAUAAAGAGACAGGUGCCGGGGCCCCAGUCAGUUGUGUCACACCACCGUCGAGGUAAUGAACCUAUAACUCGCAGUGUGCACAAAGACAGCAAGGGGAGAGGAAAACCAGAUCCCUCUCCACAUCCGUCCCCUGUUAAGCCCCCUCUGAAGGCGGUAUCAGAUGAGAGGAGGGCAUCCAAUGGAUUGUUAGACAUUAAUCCACAGGCCACGCCGAGCCCCGGGGAUACAUUUUCUGUCGGUGGGGAGAAACAGACGUCAGAUGGAGGUGAUAAGGAUGAUACCAUGGAGCUACUUAAAGAGGCUGACAUGCAGAACCCGAAGCUGGAAGUGGAGAGCGAGGGUACCUUUUCUAUCCAUGAGAGAAGAUCUGCACACAAAUCCAACAUAGAAAAUAUUGAAACGGUUGCGGACGUAAAUAUGGACGGGAAAAGUGACACCGUUACCCUUCUCAAGGGAGCUCCGGCACAACACCACACCUCAGACAUCCAAGAUAGCCUAGAAUCUACUGAAAAGCUGUUAGAGCCAUUCCCUCCAACACUGGAGCCCGUUCGAGAGGAGUCUCCCUUACCGGCAAAUAAGCUGGGUCCGACCACUCCACACCAAACUCCUCUGUACGUGUCAUCAGACCCGUCUGUAGCGCAGCAGCACAGAGGCAGGGACAUCAGACGGACACAUGGGGAUCAGGACAAGUCCAAGGUGACUGCUCCUCGACCUUUACCUCCACUUCCUGUAAAGAGCAUCGCCACGGAUGGCAGGAAGAGGAGCAGCAGGGGCACAGAGGGCAAGAAAGCCAGCGUAGCUGCAGCCUCCACAUCAGUUAGUUCCUCUGCGGAUGGAUUCCUACCACUGCCACAGGAUCGUCCUCUGUCUGCCAGAGAGAGAAGAAGACUGAGGCAGUCCGGGGAGAUUGCCAGCCAACCAGAUGUUAGUGUGAUAAGAAGGGCGUCUUAUGAUGUUUCUUCCACCAAGGAUGAGCACUACAAUGCUCCAGUAACCAGAUCUGUUUCAGACUCUCUCACUGGGACCAACUGUAAGCAGGAUAAAUUGGCGGAGCAAAGGUCUGAUGAAGAUGAGUGCAGCUCAUCCACAAGUUCCACAGAACGUUCGGAGGGAGACUGCAGGGAAAGCGACAUGCAAGAUUUAGUCCACAUGAUGACCCAGACGUUGAGUAUGGAUAUUGUAGACGCCGUGAGUGAGGCGGACAAAGGCAGCUUUGGCUCUACAGCUUUACCAGAAUUUAAACUGAACAGGAAGUACAGAGAUACCCUGGUGCUUCAUGGGAAGGCUCGAGAGGAAGCAGAGAAUCUCUCACUGGGUGAAAUACCAAUCGGCUCCACGUCUGGUCCCGCCAAGAUCAGGAGAGCCAUAGAACAGCUGAGAACAGAUGUGGUGAAGGGUCUGGGGGUUAAGCUGCUGGACAGAGUUCUGGAAAUCAUGGAGGUGGAGGAUGACACCAAACGAGAACUGUGCCUUCGUGACCAGAUGGGAGAUGAAAAGUACCAAGCGUAUGCUGUGAUGGUGAGGCAGCUGAAAUUCUUUGAGGAUAUUGCCGUCAAUGUUUAGUGAGAAUGCUGUGUAUACGGGAGCGUACACAUUUCUAUGACACCACUUGUUAAGAGAGGCAAGAGUCUUGAAAGAUCUCAAACAGGAAACUUUGUCUUUGUUUUCAAACGGUCAUUAUUGUUCAUGAAAAUCUGUUUCCUGCCAAAAAACCAAUCUGCUUCUCUGGCAUUGCCACUUUCUGGUUGUCAUGGAAUUUCCACAAUGCACCUGCUCCUGUGCGAGCAAGCUUAUGUAAAUGACUGUAAAGCUGUUUUCCCCUCAUUCUUCAAACACAGAAUUUGUUAUUUUUCCUGUAAUUUUCAGGAUUUCUAUGCAAAGAUUUUGAGUCAUGUUAAAGCAUUUGUUCUACUUUUAGUGGAUACUUGUGAUUAUUUAUAAAGAAAGCUAGAAUUUCAAUAACUGUUUUACCUAUGCUGUAUCUUUGAAGAUCACUUCUGCUGUAUUGUAGCUUCUUAAACACAAUAAUGUGAUAAUGUAUUGUAGAUAUUAACAUUUAAAUAUUUUCUAUUAAAUCUUAAAUGUUUUUCUUUUGUUCACACCCAUUUUCCAUAAUGUUGAAGACCUCAAUAAAAUAUUGUUUCAUUGAGAGCAACGAGAGCAUCGUCAAUAAGUCCUGCAAAAAAAAUCGAUUCUAAAUAAAAAUGAAAUGUCCCAUUUAUAAAACAGAAUAUCAGAUGUUUAUUUUUUGGACACAAGUAAUUACUUAUCACUGUUACAAUGUUUUCUUUCCCAAAUGCGAACUGUGAGACAAAAGGAUGCAUUAUCAGGAUGCGUUAUCAGCCG